AUGGCCAGUAUCUCAGCUCACUGGACGCUGUUGGGGUCUGACUCCUGCUGCGUCCAACGGAAGAGUUUUGUGAGAUCAGUGUCGCUGAGUGACAGUGGCACGCCUCCACUUCUGUCAUCGUGUGCGUUCCGUUCCGGCACUCACACGGGGCCGGUGUCCGCUCAGGGCACUUCGUUCUCGGUCAAUGCGCAGCCAGAGUCCGCUCAGAGCACCAGCCACUUGACUUUAGAAUCUCAUCGAAGACUCCACAUUUCUGCCUCUAAACCGGCUCAAGAUCCCGCAGAAAACGGGCGCGCACACGGAGAGGAGAGGACAGGAGCGCGCAGUGUCGCCGCUUUAAACGCUUUGACUGACCACAGCGGAGAGUCGAACUCUCACCUGCCCAAGCGCAAAGUUUUCUACUCCUCCUUUGUUGGCAUUGUAGUCAAGGAUGAUGAUGAUGAUGGAGCUCCGAAGAGCUCACCUCUGCAGCCAUAUGGAAGGGACAUUGAGAGAGUGGACUCAUAUAAGUACCUGGGUGUUCAUGUGAACAAUAAACUGGACUGGACUCACAACACAGAUGCACUGUACAGGAAGGGCCAGAGCAGGCUCUAUCUCCUGAGGAGACUCAGGUCUUUUGGAGUGGGGGGGCCACUCCUGAAGACCUUUUAUGACUCUGUGGUGGCAUCAGCCAUCCUGCCAUGUGGCGUCACAGGGAAGUUGGACAUGGCUCGUCUGUGGAAGAAGAAGGCUUUGGCGUUCUUGGCUCUGCUCAUCGCCGGCUGGAUGUUUGCAGCUUCACGUCUGGGCUCGUCCUUCAGCGAGCAGAACUCGUUUUCACCUCUGCAGCUGUUCAGUCACCUGCCCCAGGGCGAGUGGAGCGCCUCCCUGCCUCUCAAUGUCUCCUACCAACUGCUCUUAGGCUCUAAACCCACACAACAGAAGUUCCUGGCUGUCGGUAUUUCGUCCGUGCAGAGGAAGAAGGACCUGUACCUUGUGGCCACGCUGGAGUCGGUUUUCUCUCAGUCUUCGGAGACGGAGCGGGCGCAGAUGGUGGUCGUGGUUCUGAUCGCAGAUUUUGACAAUCGAUGGAGACAAUUCGUGAUGGAGGAAAUCCAAAAGAAAUUCCCCUCGGAGCUGGAACACGGACAACUACUGCUCAUCCACGUGCCCAAGGAAUUCUACCCCCCACUCACAGGUCUGAAAAGAAACUACAACGACGCUGCCGACCGCGUGACGUUCCGAUCCAAACAGAACGUGGAUUACUCGUACCUGGUCCACUACAGCUCCACACUCGGACAAUACUACCUCCAACUGGAAGACGACGUGUACUGCGCCAAGAAUUUCCUCUCCAAAAUCCAAAAGCACAUCAUGGACCAGAACAACAAGAAAACCACCUGGGCCACUCUGGAAUUCUCCUCCCUCGGAUACAUCGGAAAGCUCUACAAAUCCGCCGAUCUGCCCGUCUUGGCGAGAUUUCUGUUCCUGUUCUACCAAGAAAUGCCUUGCGAUUGGCUGCUGACGCGAUUCCGUGACUUGCUGUCCCAAACGCAGCCGAUCGUUUUACGGCCUUCGCUUUUCCAACACAUGGGAACUAUCUCUUCAUUCCGAGGAACAUACAAUCACCUCAAAGAUCUACAUUUUGAUGACGGAUAUUCGACUCUAGAGGCCAGUGUUUUUACCAAUAUGACGGUUUAUCAAAAACACUUGGCACAUUUUGCGUGGAUACGUGGAGAUGAUUUCUUCUGGGCGCGAUCUCCAGCUAAUGGGGAUUAUUUAACGGUGGUGCUAAAAAAUCCUGUUUUGUUGACUAAGAUUUUGAUAGAAACUGGGGACGGAGGUAAGGACAUUCUGAAAUCUGCUGUCGUGGAGAUUGGGAAAGACGUUAUAAGCACGAAUAAAGACAAGAGGAGCUGUGAAGUGUUCGUGUUGGUUGGUAAAAUGGAAAACGGGCAAUUUGAGAAGCAAGAUUUGGAUAAAAUACAUAACUUCAGCGUCUCCUGUUUGCGAAUCCGAGUUACUGCAGGACAAUCGGACUGGAUGAUCGUCAAAAGGAUCAGGGUCGGAACAAAACCAGACAACACCACAGCAUUAUAGCAAACUUGUUUACUUUAGUCUUUUGUCUUUAGAAACAUUGAGUGUAUAGGCGAGUUUCAUUGUUGACAAAAGCGUGCGUUGCAUGCUGGGAAUUAUUUUGGUCGGCGGCAAGAAACACUAAUUCAACAUGACGGACGGAGCGAGAAAACACGUAAAGGGUAUUGAUCCUGGUUAUUUAUCCACUCUAAUGGCAGAGGAUCCAAGACCAUUUGACCAGAAAUUGGUCAUAAGCAUCGACGGACGACAAAUCACCCUUUUCAACCCGGACAAAAGGUGGACCAAACCAAAUUUCUGGACAAAAUCUCCAACUACCUGGACAAAUAUUCACUUGGGCGAUAUCCACAAUGAUUUGGUGGAAACUCCUGGGCCAUUCACAGCAGAAAAGAUGAAAACCUCCAAGAGUCUCGAUGUGUUGUUGAACUUGUUGGAGUCCACGGUUUGUUAGGAUCUUCUACGUUUGCUCUGUGAAUGUUUGAAAGUCGUUUAAUUCACCGUUAGUGGUUCUUUUCACUCAGAAUACGAAAAAGACAUUUUCCUUCUUCCGUGCUUUGUGCUUUUUGUGCAUCCGAUAAUGCAGCAGGAAUUUACCAUUAUCGGGGAUAAAUACGUGAGGUUACGCACUGUGUUUGACCGCUACAGUGUUUCUUGCCUCCGACCAAAAUAUUUCCCAGCAUGCAAUGCGGGCUUUUAAUAACAUUGACAUCAGCUGAAACUCGCCUAUAGGGUGCUCUGGAUUAUAAGGUCAUUAAAUGGUCUAUUUUCAAUCUUUUUUCACAAAUAAACCACGUGGGACUUUAAAGGAAACCCAACAGUGUGAUGGGUGAGUGGUUUUGUUUGUUUGUGGCGUUCACAGUGACUCUAGGCUUUGUUCAGUUGUGGCGUGUAGGGAGGGUGCUGUCUGGGACCACUGGAUUGUCAGCGUGUUUGCAGUGACUCAGUUGUUCAGUCGUGUCUAGAAGUGGCACAUUGCGCUCGCUUUUUCGGUUUGUUCCUCCGUUCCGUUCCUCGUCGGCGUGGAGUGAUGAGCGUGGCUGCGGGUGUUUUUGGCUGCGCGGUCAGUGUCUGCUCCAUCUGUGUUUGAGGCUUUGUACUUUACUGAAGUCGUGCUGGGACACCUGAGUGGAUUGAUGUAUAGGGCACUUUGGAUUGUGGGGCACGCAGUUGUAAGAGCGCCACCUAUAGUGCAGAAAAUACGGUACUUGACUCCUGUUUCCCGGUGUUAUCCUGGUUAUGAAAGUGUAUAUGAUGCACUCAGAGAAACAGAAUACUCAUGUCCCUGUAUGCAUGUGCCAUCAGAGUAUCCUGGAUGUUUAAAGUGACAACUAUGGCAACUAAAAGUCCACUGAGGUUCACUUUAUGUUAUUAAGUUCUUUUUUCAGACCAAGACUUGAUGAAUGAUGAAUGACACACGGAUUCUGUGGGACUGUUGCAUUUUUCCACUGUUAAUUUGGUCUCUUCCUGAAGCUGUGACAGUAGCCCUUAGUCUUUAUAUCUUCUUUAUUUGUUGUUAGAAGUGCAAGUUGGCAAAGUUGUUAACAUGUUUAGUUGUAGUUGUUGUUAUUAGGUUCUUUUUUCAGACCAACAGUUUGUUUUUAUCCAAUCCAGUCCAAUCCACUUUAUUUCUGUAGCACAUUUCACAAAUAAUAAAAAUAAGAACAAAAUCAUAGAAUGGAAAUAAAUCAAUCAAUCAAUAAAUAAAAUUAAUAAAACCAAUAAAAACACAUAAAAAUAAAUAAAAUACACAGAGGAUCACACAACUCACACAGUGUUAAAAGCCAGAGAAUAAAAGUGUGUCUUAAGACGAGACUUAAAACUCUCCACUGUGGGGCUGUUGGGACGUGGGGGAGCAGAGUGUUCUAGAGUUUGGGGCCGACUACAGAGAAGGUCCUGUCCUCCCUGAUUUUAAGUCUCGUCUUAGGCACCAAGAGCUGGAGUUGGCCCUCAGACCUCAGAGUGCGCUGGGGGGUAUAAAUUUGGAUGAGGUCUGAGUCGUACUGUGGGGCCAGAACAUUUAAAGCUUGAAAAACAAACAAUAAAAUCUUAAAAUCAAUUCUAAAAAGAACAGGAAGCCAGUGCAAAGACACAAGGACUGGGGUGAUGUGCUCUCUUUUUGUUCCUGUUAAAAGUCGCGCUGCAGAGUUUUAGACAAACUGUAGUCAGUAAAGUGAGUUUUGUGAAAUGCUGGAGUAAAGUGCGUUACAGUCGUCCAGGUGAUUAAAUAAAAGCGUGCAUAACUUGUUCAAAAAGUUUAAAAGAUAAAAAAGGUUUAACUUUAGAUUAAAGCCGCAAAUGACAAAAAAAUUAUUUUAAAACAUUGUUGAUCUGUUUGUCAAAAUCAUUGUCUAAGGUGAUGCCGAGGUUGGUGACAGUGGGACGAACAUAAUUUUUCAGCUGCUGGCCCCAAACAGUAUCACCUUAGUCUUAUCUUCAUUCAGUUUUAAAAAGUUUUGGGCCAACCAAGCCUUGACGUCAGAUAGACAGUCGAGCAGGGGUGUCAGGGCUUUCAUAUGUGACAGUUUGUUCUGCUCCCUGUAUUCUUCAUCAGAGUCUCGUGAUGUUGUUGUGACGUGUCGCUCAGAUGAUUUAAACAGGUUUUAGUGCUGUCUAACUACCACUGGACAGACUAAGGGCUACUGUCACAGCUUCAGGAAAAGACUAAUUAAAAGUGGAAAAAUACAACAGAGUCCGUGUGUCAUUCGUUUGUUUGUUUUUCAAUAUAAAAGCAAAAAAUAAGAAAACAAAAAGACAACAGUUUUCUUCAUUAUUUGUCUUUUCAUUAUUUGGUUUUUCAGUUUUUGGUUUUGUGUUUAAAUGAAUAAUGGAAAAAAUGGAUAACGGACAUUUUCUGUUUCCAUGACUUAAACUACGAUGCCGGAAUAAACCGGGACUAAAACAGGACUGAACCGGGACUAAAACAGGACUAAACCAGGACUAAACCAGGACUAAACCAGGACUGAACCAGGACUGAAUCAGGACUGAAUCAGGACUGAAUCAGGACUGAACCAGGACUGAACCAGGACUGAACCAGGACUGAAUCAGGACUGAACCAGGACUGAACCAGGACUGAAUCAGGACUGAACCAGGACUUAACCAGGACUGAAUCAGGAGUGUCAGGACGGGCCCAGAGGUGCUCCCGCAUAGACUGUCUGUUAAUCAGGACUGAGACUGGGACAAGGACUGAGACUGGUUUAGUCCUGGUUUAGUCCUGCUUUAGUCCUGCUUUAGUCCUGUUUCAAUCCAUAUGUGGCGCAAAAGUCCGGCAUCACAGUUUAAGUCACGAAAACGGGGAAACGGCCGUUAUGUUUUCUCCAUUCUUCAUUUAAACUCAAAAUUGAAAAAUGAAAAAAUGAAUGUUUUUUCAUUUUGGUUUUGGAGACAAAUAAUGAAGAAAACACUUGUUUUUUUCAUUUUCUUAUUUUUGGUUUUAUAUUUAAAAAUGAAAGAACGAAAGACACACAGAUUUCACACUUUCAGUUUAGUUGAAGAGCAGCAGACAGACAGUUGGUCUGGAGGUAAAAGGAGCUUGUAUUAGACAGUGAACUGCUUUAUUUUGUUUUAUUAAUGUUCUGGUGUGAGGAAAGAUGCCAAAGUUCUCUCUGGUUUUUUUGUUUUGUUUUGUUUUGUUUGGGCUACUGUGAGCCAUAACCCGCGCCAAAAAGCAACACAAAACCAGCACAAAACCAUCAGCGGCCUCAUUUCAACCAAACAAAACCAGGACACUGCGAUCGAGAAAUCAGGAUCAUGUGUUUACAUGGGCACAUAUAAAACCAAGAGAGUGAAAACCACGCUCAGGAUCAGGAUACGGGCUCAUGUGAACACACUCUGGGCCUGGAGUGGAGCUGGGAUCACAUGGAGGGAGGAGCUUUGUUAACUCUUUGUUAGAGAUUCACAAUGAAUGUUUUGGUGGAUGGUUUGUCUUCUGCUUGUCUCCAUGGAGAUGCCGUCGCUUUGCUUAGAUUGUUCCACAGUAUGACAUUAAACUGUGGGCACUUUAAUCUGAGCUUUGUUUUAACACAAUCUGCAGAACAUUAUGCCAUAGAAAUAUAGACAGAGCAUCCCCAACCUUGUGUUUUUAUUGUUAAUAAAAAAUACCCUGAAAAUAUUGUCUCAGGAUGAAUAUGUUUAAAGGGACAGUUCAGAAUUUUGGACAUAGGGCCUCAUUUCCUCAUGAGCCAGAGUACUGUAGAUAUGUGGAGACACUUGCAGAGGUCACUGGUGUUAGACUAGUGCAUGUCAAUGGUCAUAGUUCUCCUGACACUAAAAACAGUCUUACCCACUCCACAAAACACCCCAAACAAAUCUAUUAUUACACCAGACUGUCCAUGUCAAUGUGUGUGCUGAAGUAAUACUAACCUUGCAUCACAUGAAUCGUCGCAUGUUGAGGGACUAUUUUCUCAGCAGCAGUGGAGUCUUCCUCUGCUCUAGUUCGUUGUGGUGAUGUGAACCUGGCCAUGACUGGAACAUUCUUCUUCCUGUGUGGCCAUACCGUCCUGUCAAAGCCUGAUCCUGUCAGAUCUCAGAAGCUCAGCAGGGCAGGGCCUGGUUUGUACUUGGAUGGAGACACUGGGAAAAUCAGGAGCCACAGGGGGCACCAGUCAAAAAAACUGUUGUUGUGUCCUUAGGCAAGACACUUCACCCACAUUGUCUAGUAUGAAAGUGGUGUGUGUGUGUGUGUGUGAGAGUGAUGGUGGUGGUCGGAGGGACCGAUAGCACCGAUUGGCAUAGCUGCUGGGCUUCUGUCAGUCUGCCCCAGGGCAGCUGUGGCUACAAUAGUAGCUUACCAUCACCGGGUGUGGAGAAAAGGAAUAAUGAAUCUAUAAAAAAAAGCUUUGUAAAGCGUCUUUGUGACAUAUGUCUGUGAAAAGUGCUAUAUAAAUAAAGACUUUCUUAUUUACUUACUUACUCUAUGUGUCGCCACGGCAACUGCAAGUAAACAAACUAUUACAGAGCCAGUUGGUGCAGGUGAUAUCAGUCCACCUCUGCCGAGCUUUCACUGCUGCUCACACAGAAAUCCUUCAAAUGCAAAGUUAGUUUUAUUUCUAAAAUGAUUCUAUGGACACAGACAUUGACAUGGACAGUCUGGUGUAAUAAUAAAUUUGUUUGGGGUGUUUUGUGGAGUGGGUAAGACUGUUUUUAGUGACUGGAGAACUAUGACCAUUGACAUGCACUAGUCUAACACCAGCGACCUCUGCAAAUACAACGACUGGAUGGAAGAUUUUAAAAAAUGUCUCCAUACGUCUCCAACACUCUGGAUCACGAGGACAUGAGGCCCUAUGUCCAAAAUUACAAAAUGUCCCUUUAAUGCCAGUCUGUGGAUUAUAAUAUGAGGCAGUAACAUCUCCAUGGAGACAAGGUCCAGUAAUGACAGAAAUAUUCAACACUUCAGAAAAUUGUUAGAAAACUGCAUGACAGCAUGACACUGCCCAAUCCUACGAGUAUGACAGACUCAGAAACUCAAACUGGAGAAGGAAGUGUGUACGUCACAGUGGGAGGUGAAAACAGGAAUUACUCCAAAUGCAACUUCAGAAGGUCAACAAGAAGAAACGACUAUAAGAUGGAAAGAAAUCCAUGUAUCAUUUGUUCAUUUGCUUUUCAAUAUAAAACCAAAAGUUAGAAAAAAAACAAAAAAAAAAAACAAUGAUUUGUCUUCAUUAUUUGUCUCCAAAAACCAUGCUUGGUGUGGUCCCGGUCCUGGUUCAGUCCUGGUUUAGUUCUGGUUCAGUCCUGGUUUAGUUCUGGUUCAGUCCUGGUUUAGUCCUGGUUUAGUCCUGGUUCAGUCCUGGUUUAGUCCUGGUUCAGUCCUGGUUUAGUCCUGGUUUAGUCCUGGUUCAGUCCUGGUUUAGUCCUGGUUUAGUCCUGGUUCAGUCCUGGUUCAGUCCUGGUUCAGUCCUGGUUUAGUCCUGGUUCAGUCCUGGUUUAGUCCUGGUUUAGUCCUGGUUUAGUCCUGGUUUAGUCCUGGUUUAGUCCU